CAACUUCUUCACUUUCUGAGUAGACUCUUCUCUCUCUCAUUCGUUUUCAUCGGAACGUAGGGUUUCCUGUUCAAGAAUCAAGAUCUCUCUCCAAUAUUUCACCUUCUACUUGCAGGUCCUCAACAUCCAGAGCACAUGAGAUUUGCUGGGGGGGUUUGGUGUAAAUCUACUUCUCAAGAACAAAACUUGCAGCAGUUAUCAGCCAACCAAAAUGACGAAUUCAGAUUCCAAACUAAGCUUGAAGCUGUUGAUUGACACCAAGGCCCGCAAAGUUCUAUUUGCUGAGGCAGAAAAGGACUGUCGAUUUCCUCUUUCACAUUCUCACAUUGCCUGUGGGCACUGUAACUAAGCUUCUUAAGGAGAAAGGAAUGAGUGGAUCCUUGACUAACCUCUACGAAAGCGUAGAAAAUCUGAAGGAUACCUAUGUCCAAUCGAACCAAUGCAAGGAUAUCCUUUUAUAACCCAAAUCUUCAGUUGGGAAUAUCUCUUCAGUUCCUUUUCUAUUGCUUAAUGACGUUCCGAGUACCCAAAGGGCUCUUCUAAAACCCAAGUCUCCAGUUGGAAUUUCUUCAGUUGCUCAAAGGAAUUUUUAUGGAUGUAGCUACUCUUUGCAUCACGCAAAAGUUUCUGAUGACCCUAGUGCUGUCUGUCCAGAUUGUGGGAGGUGUACGAUGACAAGAAGGUUAACAUAUGUUGCUCCACGGGUAGUGAAGAAAGCUAUCGCAGCUACAGGGGGGUUUGUGAAGGAGAUGGCGACAUACAUGGUUAUGGAUGACUUAGUGGUUAAGCCUAUGUCCGCCAUUUCUAGCAUUGCCCUUCUCAACAAGUUUAAUGUUAAGGAUGUUGGAGUACUAGAGGAGAAAGUAGUAAAUUUAGGAAUGGAAGAGGCGCUGAAGUUGCUGAAGGCAUCUUUCGAGUCGAAAACAGUUCUCACAAGUGCCUUCAUGAGCACAGUUCCCACAAGUGCUUCCAUGAGCCGUGUAAAGCGGAGAAGAGCUGUGUGAAGCAGAGAAUGAGCUACAACACAUAAUAAAAUUGGAUGUUUCAGUUUAUAGUUGUCCUUUUAGCGGCUUCCUUUUGUUUAUAGGUUCAGUUAUCCGUUGCUAAAUCUUACUUUGUCUAUUUUGAGAUUUCUUUUCACUCUGUUAGCUGCCUUCAGUCUUGUAAUAUAUAGUAUCUGUUCGCAAGCAUCUUAUUGUCUUUAGAGAUUCUUCAGCCAUGAUCUCCAACAUUAUAAACGUCGUCGGAUGAGACUGCUCUACUUAUAAUUGCACCAAAUAGCAUGUUACUGAGGAUUAUAA